AUGCUCGUGCCGGGGGCCCUCCUGAGCGCCGUCCUCCUGCUGGCCAGCUCCGCGCCGGCCGCCCUGGCCGUGGACUUCCGCCUUCCCACCGGCGACCGGGCCAGCCUCCCGAAGACCGAGGUCAUUUGCAACAACAAUAUCCACCAGUGCUGGUUUGUCUCCUUCACCAAGCCCAGCGAGCCCGUCUGUGGCAGUGACCACUUCACCUACAACGGGGAAUGCCACCUCUGCUUCGCCGUCCUAUAUAAAAAGCUUAACAUAACUAAACUGCAUGAUGGACCAUGCGAAAACCCCUGA